AUGUCCAAGAUCCCUGUCGAUAAGAAUGCCAAGUUAAGAACUUUAGAACUGCGAGGGAUUUACACCGCUUCAAAAGUAAAAAAUGUGGAUGCCAUCGGCUCCUUCGAUCUAACAAGAACUACAGAUCUCAAUAACAAAGUUCAUAACGCCGACAUAAAAAUUAAAAAAGACGUUAAAGAAGGAGUUUUUUCCAAAACUUACGCAUCAUUCAUACCUAAAAUGAGUUUAAACUUAGAAAAAGUAAUUGAGCAAAACCCACGAAUAUUAGAUUUGCGCGAGAAAUUAAAUCAAAUAACUAAAAAAAAGCAAGAUUGCAAUGUUGAUAAAAGGACGAAGGGAUUACUUAAUGAUAUAACACAACAACUAGUAGACAAGAAAGAUGAGGAUGAAUCUGGACCGUAUAGCUUAUUGUUUGAUUUACAAUCCGAUGCAUCUACGUCCUACAAUGAUAGUACAGAAGUAAAGGUAUGGAAUAGACCAAAAUCUGAGAUUAUCAGCGAUGCCAAUUCAUUGAAAUUUAAGAAAAAUCUUAUGUCAAGCAAUAAGAGCGCAGAUCGAUUACCGAAUUUAUUAAAUUUCGAAGAUAAGCCUAUGCGAGAAUAUGAAUACUCUUGUGAAAACGAAAUGAAUUUCCCUACAAAAAAGGUAUUCAAUACACAUUCCAGAUCUGAUUUAUGUCUACAAUUAAAGUCGCAUCACGUGCACUCACGGUUGUUUGAUUCAAAUUUAAGUCCCAAUGAUAACUCACUGAGCAGGACUAAUGAAGAGAAUUCAUUGGAUGAUAGUUUAGGUAUUUUGACACCUGAUCAAAUGGACGAUAUAUGCUAUUUAGAAAAUGCAUUUUCUCCUACGGUAGAGGGUCUACCAAUUUUUUGUGAUACUAACGAAAGUAAAAUAUCUCCAGAUAAUGGUGAUACCCCGUCAACCGAUAAGACUGAAAGUAAUUCUGCAGCAUCGACUAUACAGAACGAUGGAUUUGAUAGUAUACGCAUAGAUAAUAAAAGGUGCAACUUUGGAGGGCAGUUAGCACCAAUUGUGAGCUUGGAAACAAUAUUAACAAAUGAAGAACACGAUUCACUUCUUACGUAUUCAUCCGGAAACAAAUGCAACGAAACAUUGUAUUCUGAAGAUCCAUUAUCGACAACUACAAGAACUCUAGAUUCAAUGUCUUUGCAUGAAAACACAAUGGCCAAUAACGAGCUAACAUCAAAUUUAAUAGACGAAGAGUUUAUGCCUUCUAUUCACAGCAGUAUUUUAGAACCUGUUAGCUCGGUUGCAGAAAAUGUCAUCAAUUUAGAAAUAGCAUUGGAUAGUAAGCAUGAGAACUUACUGAUCACAAGUAGGAUAGAACAGACACCUUCACCAGAAGAUCUCCCGUUAGACAGCUCAGAAAUAAAUGGAGAAAUAAGUACAUAUUCUCAAUUUUCCGCGUCUACUUUGCACGAUUCGCAAACUUAUUCAGAUGGUAAAAAUGACUAUCCUAAAUCAAUGGAAACUUCAAAAGUAUCAAAUAGUUUUAUUACAAGUAUCACGAGUAUUACUAGUCUUGACGGUUAUCAAGGUGAUGGUGAAAUGUCAAGACCAGUGAGUAGAGGGGCAGAUCAUUCCAUUGAACAUCGUGAAGAUGCGAUAGAAAUGGACUGGCAGAAUGUUCCUGUAGCUAGAAGAGCAGAUCCUAUGACAGAUUCAGACUUUUUCACAGAAAGUGAUGCAGAUGGUUUAGAUGAUCAUAUGCAAAGAGGUGAUCGAAGAGCACAAGUUAUUGAUGGAGCUCUAUAUGGUGGAAAGAAAGUAAAUGGCAAUCCUCCUCUCAUUGUGAAUAGAAACGAAGACUCUUGCAUGGAAUCAAGUGGGGUGUAUACGGACUUUGAAAAUCACAGAACGUCUCCCGUGUUCCUCAACGUGAUUGAUGAUAUGUCUCCAGAUGGUUCAACACCUUCUACUCGUUCUGAAUGUAGUCAAAAAAAUGCUAGUACUGGCAAUCUUAAUGCCUUUUUCUCUCCACUCCAAGAUCCUUCCGAAGAACAGAAGUUAGAAAUAUCUCCCGUUGUUGAUGAUGAUGAAACACCAAAAAAUACUAGUAAGAGAAAUUCCUUGAAUAGUGUUAAAGAUAUAAAGUGUGGGGACAAAAAUAAAGAAGAAAAGAGAAGCUUCACUUUGAAAAAAUACAAAAUGCCUAAACGUGAUGUGCCGAGUAAGUUGAAGAGCAUGUUGGCCAACAGAAAAACAGAUGCUGACAACAGUGUACAAAGUAGUCCAAAAAUAGUAAAAAAGACCGACCGGAGGGAAAAUCUUGCAAAAAAGAACUCGUUGGACCCAAAAAAUGACUACAAAAAGUCAUUUAAGGAUAUAAAAUCAAAAGUUGACUGCUCUUUUUCCUUACAACGAUCUCAAACUUCAUGCAGCGUCAGCAGAAUGUUAAGUUCAAAGUCUACGAAUACAAAUGUUAAACCUAAAAGUCGACAUAUGCGCAUGCGUAUGGAACUUGGUUCCGCCGCCGGCAGUGGCAAGAGUAGCCUCCACAGCUCCCAGAGUGACAUCAGUGCUAGUAGCACUCCCCUUGGCAAGCAUACCACCAGCCGCUUCCCCCUGCUCAGGAACGGCAAGAAAAGGGAGAGCGCUCCCACGACGACAACACCCGCACGACCCCCUCCAACGCCGCCCACACCACAAUCAGUUCAAGCUAAGAAGAAUGGAGUGGUGCAGAAACUAUCCUCAUCGCCAGUGGCAGUGCGCGCGCGCACUUCGCUCGCUCCGCCCCCGUCGCCGAGGAAACCUGCACCCCACCGCGUGCCUGCCACAAGACCUAACACACUGCCUACUAAUAAAGAGCCACCACGUGUCACAGCGCCGGUGGGGCCGCGAAGUAAGCGGGUCCAAACGCCGCAGCCGGUGCGCACGCCGCCCGUAGCGCUUGUUGCGCCAGCCGCGCCACCUCGUGAGCAUACGGUUGCGCUUGCGCACGCCGCCAAGGGUGUUGAAGCUCUGGGCGUUUUAGUCCAGUAUUUAGUGUUUCGAUUAGACGCUCUAAAUGGCAGCUCAUGGCGAGUGGAAGCAGAGCGAUGGCGCGGUGUGGCGGCGGCUGAGCGCAGUAGCGCCGCACGCGCUGACCGCGACCGGCAGCAGCGUGCGCAAAAAGAUCUUGAUACCAUCGCAGAAUGCCUGAGCAAGAUCUCAGAGCUGGAGAUGGAGGUCUCGUCGAAAGAAGAGGCGAAUGCGCGUCUCCAGGCUAAGCACAUUGAAGAGGUUGCAGCACUUGCCGAUGAUAUCAAGGGGCUCAAGGAUACGAUCGAGUCCUUGAAACAUGAAGUUGCCGAGAGCAGAGCGCGGCUACACGCGCAUAGCGAAAUAGAGCGUACUCUUCGUGCUCAACUAGAAGCUGCGCGAUUGGAGAUAGAUCACAACAAGUUGUUCAAUUCUUCAAUUGCCAGUUCGGUCGAUAAGUCCUGCAACAUGUGCGACGCGGCUUGUGACCCCGUGUGCUGUGAGGCGGAAGAUUGCGAACUGCGAUUAGCUGCAAAUGAGGAAUUGAGUACAGAUGCUAACGAAUUGGCAGCUGAGGUGCGGUCACUUCGAGCAGUGAUUGAACUGAAGCAGGCGGAAGUCGCUUCCUUGCGCGACGCACGGUCUGAACUGACCGCAGAGCGAGAGCGACGUAUAGCCGCCGAACGCGACGCGCGAACGGCUCGACACGCGGCCGAGGAGCUUCGAGAGCGCGCGGCCGCUCGUCAACGCGACACCGAUCGCCUGCGUGACGACAAUCGUCGAUUGCGUGACGUAGCGGCGCGAGACCGCGACCACGCCGCGCGAAUGGCGGCGCUCAACGAAGAACUACGAUAUAAACUUCGACAGAAGUCACAGGUCGUAUCUCUACUCGCGGGUGGCGGUUACAUAGAGAGACCACCGAUGCGUGCGAGAACAUCGUCGGGUGACUCUGGGCGCUCGGCUUCACCAGAGCCGGACUCACCCCCUUCGCCAGCAGCCUCGCCUGCACCCGAUUCACCGCCCCUACCUGCUGUCAAGGGAGUGGUAGAAAAACAUGACUCUGUCAGCUGGGUACUCGAAAUUGAAGAAACGCCUGAAGAAGUAGCUUCCAGGCUGGCCCGUCGGUCCUCGUUCCGCGCGGCGGCGUCCCCGAGCGGCGUGAAGCGGCGCGGCGGCGGGUCGCCGGGCAGCGGCUCGCCCGCACCCGCGUCUCCGGCGCCCAACGCCUCUAAGCUGUUCCGGCCAGGCGACCUCGACUUCCCACCGCCGCCGCCCCCGCUCAAGGAGUCCGCCGGGGAGGCCAUCUACAUCUACGACGAUCGCCAGUAUUGA